CUCAAUCCUCCGACCAUUCAUCAAUCACAUUUUCCUGUCCUCUUCUUGUCUCAUUGCCUCCACCAUUUCUAGAGAUCUUAUCUUAUCUCAACACCAUGUCUGAAUUUAUCAUCAAGGACGAGGAUUUGAGCAGCCUCAAAGGCAAAGUUGUUGUCCUCACAGGCGGCUCUUCAGGUAUUGGCCUGGCUACAGUCAAACUGUUGCUCUCACUGGGAGCAUCAGUGGUCAGCGGCGAUAUCAAUCCGCCAGCGGCCUCUGAGUCGACAGAAACGCCUGCCUUUCUAUUUGUGAAGACGAAUGUGGCCAGUUGGGAUGAUCUGACUGCACUAUUCAAGAAAACGAAGCAGCAUUUUGGUCGCAUCGAUUGCGUCUUCGCCAAUGCCGGUAUCGGUCCCCGUGCCAACUACUUGGCCCUUGAGACAGAUGACCAGGGUAAUCUAAAGGAACCAUCACACGAACUCAUGGAAGUUGGUUUGAGAGGCCUUAUCAACACAACUUCUCUAGCUGUUCACUACAUCAAGGACCAACCUGAAGGGGGUAGCAUUGUUCUUAUGGGAUCUAGCACCGGGUUACAGCCCCUUCGAGCUGUCGAUUACUCCGCGGCCAAACAUGGCGUCCUCGGUUUCGGCAGAGGUUUUGCACGGAUCGCAGAUGUUGCCGGGCUUCCCAUUCGCAUCAAUACUCUGAUGCCAUCAUGGACAACGAGCAACGUCCUCCCAGAUUUGGAGGGCCUCAUGAGAGGGAUCUCACAUGUGCCGCAACCCGCUUUGGUGGUUGCACGCGCUGCUGCCUAUCUAAUGGCCGAUGCCUCCAGGCAGGGCGAUGUGAUAUAUGUCGCUGAUGGGAAGUACAAGGAAAUCGAAAAGACCGUGCUCUUUCCUGCGUACGAAACCAUUAAAGGAGAGGGAAACCCCACCGAUGACGAAGUUCUAAAGCGUCUUCUAGAAUUGCCUGCCAACUAAUCUGAAAGGAUUUGGUAAGUUGCUUAAAAGAACUGGAGCUUUUUUAAAUAGACCGUUUAGCAAGCAAGCUGGCAUUUUCUGUUCGAUACUACCAAAUAUUGUAAAUAAUGCGCUUAAGUUGAUUAAUACAAUCUCUAGAGGCAGUUUUUUGGAUCUUGACGGCUUU